GCUUUUUGAUGUAGUCAAGGGUCUCUCAAAAGAAAGGAGUAGCUUAGCUUGAAGAAUUGAAGACCUUGCUUCAAUAACUUUGAGCUUUAUUAAUUAAUUAGCUAAGAAAAAACCAACCAGGUUUUCUCUCUUUUAUCUCUUUUCUCUUUCCGUAUUCUUCUUCUUCUUCUUCUUGAUCUCAAAAUUUAAUUAACUAGAAGCAAAGUGUUAAAGCAACUACUACUCUAUCUAUAUGUCAACAAGAUAUUAUUGAAGAAACAAGGACACAUGCUCAUUUGUGGUGGAGAACUGUUCCAUAGAAAAAGAGAUCUUCAAAUAAUUGAAGAAGCUAUAUCAACUUCUUCUUCGUCUUCCUUCUUCUUCUCGUGUUUUUAUAUCAACAACAAUAACAGUGCAAAUUGCGAGUCGCCGCCAUGAAUAAUAAUAAGAUAAGCAACUUGAGCUCCGUGAGUAGCUCCGAUCUCAUAGAUGCCAAGCUUGAAGAGCAUCAGUGGUGUGGAGGAUCCAAGCAGUGCCCCGGUUGCGGCCACAAGUUUGAAUCCAAACCGGAUUGGCUAGGUUUACCAGCAGGAGUGAAGUUUGAUCCAACAGAUCAAGAACUAAUAGAGCAUCUUGAAGCCAAAGUGGAGUCAAAGAACAUGAAAUCACACCCUUUGAUAGAUGAAUUCAUUCCCACCAUUGAAGGUGAAGAUGGGAUUUGUUACACCCAUCCUGAGAAACUUCCAGGAGUAACAAGAGAUGGAUUAAGUAAACACUUCUUCCAUAGGCCUUCAAAGGCAUACACAACAGGAACAAGAAAGAGGAGAAAGAUUCAAAAUGAGUGUGACUUGCAAGGUGGAGAAACAAGGUGGCAUAAGACCGGUAAAACAAGACCGGUCAUGGUUAACGGAAAACAGAAGGGUUGCAAGAAGAUUUUGGUACUCUACACUAACUUCGGCAAGAAUCGGAAGCCGGAGAAGACGAAUUGGGUGAUGCAUCAAUACCAUUUGGGGCAACAUGAGGAGGAGAAAGAAGGAGAGCUUGUUGUGUCUAAGAUAUUCUACCAAACUCAGCCUAGGCAGUGUAAUUGGUCGUCCGAUCGGAGCGCCACCACCACCAUCGCAACGGCCGAAGGGAGUGGAGAGCCAUUACAAAAUAGUAGAAGGGAUAGUGGGAGUGGAAGUUGUUCUUCUAAGGAAAUUAACAUCGGUCAUAGGGAUGAGAUGUCUGCUGUGGUUGGAGUUAAUAAUACUCCAAUCACGAGCUUCACUCAUCCCUUGGACAUUCAUCAUCACCUCAAAUCGGAUCAUUUUAGCUUCAUUCCAUUUAGGAAAAACUUUGAUGAGGUUGGAAUAGGAGAGGCUUCAACAGCAAGAGAAGUUCAAGCAUCAGGGUCAUGUGAUGAAGUAGUACAUGAACAUGUAAAUCAUCAUCAUCAGCAACAACAACAACAUCAUCAUCAUCAACAUCAUCCCUUUGAAAAUGGAACUAUGAUAUGGAUACACAUGGCAUGGCAGCAACAACAACAACAACAACAUCAACACCAUCAUCAUAAAAUUGGAGCAAGGUCUGCGUCUGGUUUGGAGGAACUCAUCAUGGGGUGCACUUCUUCUGAUAUCAAAGAGGAGUCAUCCAUCACAAACACACAAGAAGCUGAAUGGUUGAAAUACUCUUCCUAUUGGCCAGACCCUGACAACCCGGAUCAUCAUGGGUAGAACAAAGAGUCAAUCGUCA